CUCAUCACGCCUCCUCAUCACGCCACCUUAUCAUCCUGAUGUAUGCCAUGAAUUCGUCGCCCUCCCUGUCGCCACACAGUAUGACGAGUCGGUAUGAGUGGUGGUCGUAGUAGUCUUUGUAGUCGAUGGUGCGGCAGCCCCACACGGGCGGCUGCUGGCGGAUCAGGUCACCGAUGCGGUUACACACAACAGAGGGCGGAGUGCCUGUCCGAUACGACACCAAAUGCGACGACGACGGCAAUGCCAACCUGAAAGAGCAGCGAGGCAAAAGGCAGACAACACGCCAGAUUGCUGUGUCGUGUUCUCCCAUUUGAGUCGCUGCUCACAUGUUGAUGACCAUCUCACGGAAGCUGCCAUGCCGGUUACCAGACUUGUAAACCGAAUCUGCAGACACAGACACACAGCGGCAGACACCAUCCAUGUCAAGUUGCCUCUCCUGUGGUGCUGUGCCCUCUCUCUCUUGCAGUGUUGGCACGGGGGAUCGGCCGCAUCGAAUCGAUAUCUGGCCGGCACCGUCUGCUGUGUGUCCACCACCACGUCCCACUCGCCCAGCUCGUCCCGCCCGUCGGCAUUGCGCGUCAGCUGCAUAUUGUCGCCCAGUCGGUGGCUGAAGAGGCUGUACUGGCGGAUGGCCUCUGGGCGGCUGAGGUAGAGGUCCUUGUCGGCCGUCACCUGCUGCACGUCAGCCGAUGUGAUGAUGAGUGGGAGGGACGCCAGACGGCCACUGCUCCUGGCCAGGCGCAGGAUCGGCUUGUUGCCCGCCCACUGCCCGCCCUUGACCAGCACCCACCACAGGCUCUCCAGAAACCCCCGUUGGGUCAGCUGCUGCUGCCCGGCCCCUCCCUGCUGCUGCUGCUGGGUGGUGUUGGUGUUGUGGUCAUACGUCAGCACGCCGUCGAUCUGUUGCUCGCGCAGCAGUCGGUCGAUGCGCUGUUUGAUGGCCUCGUCCGACAGCAACUGGAGCGCCUCAUCUCCGAGACUAUGCUGCUCGACGAAGGCGUUGAGGAGGGCCGGUGGGCAGCGGGCGACCAAACAGGGAGGCAGCAGUCAGUCACGAUGUGCUGUGCGGCCUUUGUGCUCUCUGUACUCUCUGUGCUCACCGGUGGAUGAGUGUUAUGGCCAGAUGAGCUCGACGAUGCCAUCGUUGUGAUGAUGCAGCAGUGGCGGAGAUUUCCAGUCACUCGAAGACGACAGUUUCCGCCGACUGGAGAUCUCUCCACUCACACAAACGGCACG